AUGGCUCAACCUUCAACAGUUGUUGAAUCAAUGUCUCAACCUUCAAUAGUUGUUGAAUCAACGGCUCAACCUUCAAUAGUUGUUGAAUCAAUGGCUCAACCUUCAAUAGUUGUUGAAUCAAUGGCUCAACCUUCAACAGUUGUUGAAUCAAUGUCUCAACCUUCAAUAGUUGUUGAAUCAACGGCUCAACCUUCAAUAGUUGUUGAAUCAAUGGCUCAACCUUCAAUAGUUGUUGAAUCGAUGGCUCAACCUUCAACAGUUGUUGAAUCAAUGGCUCAACCUUCAACAGUUGUUGAAUCAAUGGCUCAACCUUCAACAGUUGUUGAAUCAAUGGCUCAACCUUCAAUAGUUGUUGAAUCAAUGGCUCAACAUUCAAUAGUUGUUGAAUCAACGGCUCAACCUUCAAUAGUUGUUGAAUCAAUGUCUCAACCUUCAAUAGUUUUUGAAUCAACGGCUCAACCUUCAACAGUUGUUGAAUCAAUGGCUCAACCUUCAAUAGUUGUUGAAUCAAUGGCUCAACCUUCAAUAGUUGUUGAAUCGAUUGCUCAACCUUCAACAGUUGUUGAAUCAAUGGCUCAACCUUCAACAGUUGUUGAAUCAAUGGCUCAACCUUCAAUAGUUGUUGAAUCAAUGGCUCAACCUUCAAUAAUUGUUGAAUCAAUGGCUCAACCUUCAAUAGUCAUCAACUUGCCACCCCCAGGUCAUCAAAUGGCCACCCCCAGGUCAUCAACUGGCCACCCCCAGGUCAUCAACUGGCCACCCCCAGGUCAUCUACUGGCCACCACCAGGUCAUCAACUGGCCACCCCCAGGUCAUCAACUGGCCACCCCCAGGUCAUCAACUGGCCACCCCCAGGUCAUCAAAUAGCCACCCUCAGGUCAUCAACUGGCCACCCCCAGGUCAUCAACUGGCCACCCCCAGGUCAUCAAAUGGCCACCCCCAGGUCAUCAACUGGCCACCCCAGGUCAUCAACUGGCCACCCCCCCCCCCGUCAUCAAAUGGCCACUUACAAGGCUUGUUGUUGGGGUAG